AACAUGCGUUUGAUAUUUGGGCUAAUAGCCCUAUUAUUUUAUAAUAUAUGCUGCAUUAAUACGCAACUCAUUGAUUGUAAAGGUAAAGGAUUCAAAUGCUAUGACGAAACCAGCUUUUAUCAAUGCGUUGUAACGGCAAACUCUACUCAAGUUAUUGGUUUACCACAAGAAUGUCCAGAAGGAUUAAUUUGUAGCGACUUAUUGGACUUGGAAUGCGAUGAGCCAUGGGUACUAGAUUUGCUUACCACAACACAAAAAUCACUUGACGACAUUUCUACUUCAAGUGAAGAAUCGACAACUAUUACUGUUUCCUCCACGCUAACGACUGAGGAGCCCACUACUACAACAGAAGGUUCGACAUCUACUACAGUUUCCUCCACGUUAACGCCUGAAGAGUCUACUACUACAACAGAAGGGUCGACGACAACUACUGUUUCACCUUCUACAACACCUGAGGAAACUACUACUACAACAGAAGGGUCGACAACCGCCACUGUUUCUUCCACGCUAACGCCUGAAGAACCCACCACAGAAGAGGGGUCGACAACAACUACUGUUUCACCUUCUCCAACACCUGAGGAAACUACCACUACAACAGAAGGGUCGACAACUACCACUGUUUCUUCCACGCUAACUCCUGAAGAACCCACUACAACAGAAGGGUCGACAACAACUACAGUUUCCUCCACAUUAACGCCUGAAGAGCCCACUUCUACUACAGAAAGGUCGACAUUAACGUCUGAAGAGUCCACUACUACAACAGAAGGGUCGACAACAACUACUGUUUCCUCCACGUUAACGCCUGAAGAGCCCACUGCUACGACAGAAGCGUCGACAACAACUACAUUUUCAAUUUCGACAACACCUGAGGAACCUACUACUACAGCAGCAGGGUCGACAACCACUACUGUUUCUUCCACGCUAACGCCUGAAGAAUCCACUACAACAGAAGGGUCGACAACAACUACAGUUUCCUCCACGUUAACGUCUGAAGAGCCCACUACUACAACAGAAGGGUCGACAACAACUACUAUUUUACUUUCGACAACUCCUGAGGCAUCUACCACUACAACAGAACGGUCGGCAUCUACCACUGUAUCUUCCACGCUAACGCCUGAAGAUCCCACUACAACAGAAGGGUCGACAACAACUAAUGUUUCACCUUCUACAACACCUGAGGAAUCUACUACUACAACAGAUGGGUCGACAACAACUACUGUUUCACCUUCGACAACUCCUGAGGUAUCUACCACUACAACAGAAGCGUCGACAACUACCACUGUUUCUUCCACGCUAACGCCUGAGGCGUCCACUACUACAACAGAAGGGUCGACGACAACCACUCUUUCACCUUCUACAACACCUGAGGAUUCUACUACUUCAACAGAAGUGUCGACAACAACUACUGUUUCAGCGUCGACAACACCUGAGGAAUCUACCAAUACAACAGAAUGGUCGACAACUACCGCUGUUUCACCUUCGACUACACCUGAGGCGACUACUACUACAACAGAAGGGUCCACGAGUUCUGUUUUAUCUUCGACUACAUCUGAGGAAUCUACCACGACAACAGUAGGGUCGACAACCACCACUGUUUCUUCCACGCUAACGCCUGAGGCGUCCACUACUACAACAGAAGUGUCGACGACAACUACUGUUCCACCUUCGACUACACCAGAGGACUCUACCACUACAACAGAAGGGUCGACAACUACCACUGUUUCUUCCACGCUAACGCCUGAAGAACCCACUACAACGGAAGGGUCGACAACAACUACUGUUUCACCUUCUACAACACCUGAGGAUUCUACUACUACAACAGAAGGGUCGACAACUACCACUGUUUCUUCCACGCUAACGCCUGAAGGACCCACUACAACAGAGGAGUCGACAACAACUACUGUUUCACCUUCAACAACACCUAAGGAACCUACUACUACAACAGAAGGGUCCACGACUACUGCUUUACCUUCGACUACACCUGAGGCAUCUACCACUACAACAGUAGGGUCGACAACCACCACUGUUUCUUCCACGCUAACGCCUGAAGAGUCUACUACUACAACAGAAGUGUCGACGACAACUACUGUUUCACCUUCGACUACACCAGAGGACUCUACCACUACAACAGAAGGGUCGACAACUACCACUGUUUCUUCCACGCUAACGCCUGAAGAACCCACUGCAACAGAAGGGUCGACAACAACUACUGUUUCACCUUCUACAACACCUGAGGAAUCUACUACUACAACAGAAGAGUCGACAACAACUACUGUUUCUUCCACGCUAACGCCUGAAGAACCCACUACAACAGAAGGGUCGACGAUAACUACUGUUUCAACUUCUACAACAACUGAGGAAUCUACUACUACAACAGAAAGGUCAACAGCAACUACUGUUUCCUCCACGUUAACGCCUGAAGAGCCCACUACUGCAACAGAAGCGUUUACAACAACUACUGUUUCACCUUCGACAACUCCUGAGGUAUCUACCACUGCAACAGUAGGGUCGACAACUACCACUGCUUCUUCCACGCUAUCGCCUGAACAGCCCACUACAACAGAAGGGUCGACAACAACCACUGUUUCAUCUUCGACAACUCCUGAGGUAUCUACUACUACAACAGAAGUGGCGACAACAACUACUGUUUCUUCCACGUUAACGCCUGAAGAGCCCACUACUACAAGAGAAGCGUCUACAACAACUACUCUUCCACCUUCUACAACACCUGAGGAAUCUACUACUACAACAGAAGGGUCGACAACAACUACUGUUUCAUCCACGCUAACGCCUGAAGAACCCACUACAACAGAAGGGUCGACGACAACUAAUGUUUCACCUUCUACAACACCUGCCGAAUCUACUACUACAACAGAAGGGUCGACAACAACUACUGUUUCACCUUCGACAACUCCUGAGGCAUCUACCACUACAACAGAAGGGUCAUCAACUACCACUGUUUCUUCAACGUUAUCGCCUGAACAACCCACUACAACAGAAGGGUCGACAACAACCACUGUUUCUUCCACGCUAACGCCUGAAGAAACCACUACAACAGAAGGGUCGACAACAACUACUGUUUCACCUUCUACAACACCUGAGGAAUCUACUACCACAACAGAAGUGUCGACAACAACUACUGUUUCUUCCACGUUAACGCCUGAAGAGCCCACUACUACCAGAGAAGCGUCUACAACAACUACUCUUCCACCUUCUACAACACCUGAGGAAUCUACUACUACAACAGAAGUGUCGACAACAACUACUACUUCACCUUCGACAACUCCUGAGGGUUCUACCACUACAACAGAAGGGUCGACAACCACAACUGUUUCUUCCACGUUGACGCCUGAAGAACCCACUACAACAGAAGGGUCGAUAACAACUACUGUUUCUUCCACGUUAACGCCUGAAGAGCCCAAUACUACAACAGGAGCGUCUACAACAACUACUGUUUCACCUUCGACAACAACUGAGGAAUCUACUACUACAACAGAAGGGUCGACAACAACUACUGUUUCACCUUCCACAACACCUGAGGAAUCUGCUACUACAGCAGAAGGGACGACAACAACUACUGUUUCACCAUCGACAACACCUGAAGAAUCUACUACUACAACAGAAAGGUCGACAACAACUACUGUUUCUUCCACGUUAACGCCUGAAGAACCCACUACAACAGAAGGGUCGACGACAACUACUGUUUCAACUUCUACAACACCUGAGGAAUCUACCACUACAACAGAAGGGUCGACAACAACUACUCUUUCACCUUCUACAACACCUGAGGAAUCUACUACUACAACAGAAGGGUCGACAACAACUACUGUUUCACCUUCCACAACACCUGAGGAAUCUGCUACUACAGCAGAAGGGACGACAACAACUACUGUUUCACCAUCGACAACACCUGAGGAAUCUACUACUACAACAGAAAGGUCGACAACAACUACUGUUUCUUCCACGUUAACGCCUGAAGAACCCACUACAACAGAAGGGUCGACGACAACUACUGUUUCAACUUCUACAACAACUGAGGAAUCUACUACUACAAUAGAAGGGUCAACAACAACCACUGUCUCACCUUCCACAACACCUGAGGAAUCUACUACUACAGCAGAAGGGUCGACAACAACUACUGUUUCCUCCACGUUAACGCCUGAAGAGCCCACUACUACAACAGGAGCGUCUACAACAACUACUGUUUCACCUUCGACAACACCUGAGGCAUCUACUAUUACAGCAGAAGGGACGACAACAAUUAAUGUUUCACCAUCGACAACACCUGAGGAAUCUACUACUACAACAGGAGGGUCGACAACUACCACUGUUUCUUCCACACUAACGCCUGAAGAGUCCACUACUACAUCAGAAGGGUCGACGACAACUACUCUUUCACCUUCUACAACACCUGAGGAAUCUACUACUACAACAGAAGGGACGACAACAACUACUGCUUCACCUUCCACAACACCUGAGAAAUCUACUACUACAGCAGAAGGGACGACAACAACUACUGUUUCACUAUCGACAACACCUGAGGCAUCUACUACUACAACAGGAGGUUUGACAACUACCACUGUUUCUUCCACACUAACGCCUGAGGAGUCCACUACUACAUCAGAAGGGUCGACGACAACUACUCUUUCACCUUCUACAACACCUGAGGAAUCUACUACUACAACAGAAGGGUCGACAACAACUACUGCUUCACCUUCGACAACUCCUGAGGCAUCUACCACUACAACAGAAGGGUCGACAACUACCACUGUUUCUUCCACGCUAACGCCUGAGGCGUCCACUACUACAUCAGAAGGGUCGACGACAACUACUCUUUCACCUUCUACAACACCUGAGGAAUCUACUACUACAACAGGAGGGUCGACAACUACCACUGUUUCUUCCACACUAACGCCUGAGGAGUCCACUACUACAUCAGAAGGGUCGACGACAACUACUCUUUCACCUUCUACAACACCUGAGGAAUCUACUACUACAACAGAAGGGUCGACAACAACUACUGCUUCACCUUCGACAACUCCUGAGGCAUCUACCACUACAACAGAAGGGUCGACAACUACCACUGUUUCUUCCACACUAACGCCUGAGGCGUCCACUACUACAUCAGAAGGGUCGACGACAACUACUCUUUCACCUUCUACAACACCUGAGGAAUCUACUACUACAACAGAAGGGUCGACAACAACUACUGUUUCCUCCACCUUAACGCCUGAAGAGCCCACUACUACAACAGAAGCGUCUACAACAACUACUGUUUCACCUUCGACAACACCUGAGGAAUCUACUACUACAACAGGAGGGUCGACAACUACCACUGUUUCUUCCACACUAACGCCUGAGGAGUCCACUACUACAUCAGAAGGGUCGACGACAACUACUCUUUCACCUUCUACAACACCUGAGGAAUCUACUACUACAACAGAAGGGUCGACAACAACUACUGUUUCACCUUCGACAACACCUGAGGAAUCUACUACUACAACAGGAGGGUCGACAACUACCACUGUUUCUUCCACACUAACGCCUGAGGAGUCCACUACUACAUCAGAAGGGUCGACGACAACUACUCUUUCACCUUCUACAACACCUGAGGAAUCUACUACUACAACAGAAGGGUCGACAACAACUACUGUUUCACCUUCGACAACACCUGAGGAAUCUACUACUACAACAGGAGGGUCGACAACUACCACUGUUUCUUCCACACUAACGCCUGAGGAGUCCACUACUACAUCAGAAGGGUCGACGACAACUACUCUUUCACCUUCUACAACACCUGAGGAAUCUACUACUACAACAGAAGGGUCGACAACAACUACUGUUUCACCUUCGACAACACCUGAGGAAUCUACUACUACAACAGGAGGGUCGACAACUACCACUGUUUCUUCCACACUAACGCCUGAGGAGUCCACUACUACAUCAGAAGGGUCGACGACAACUACUCUUUCACCUUCUACAACACCUGAGGAAUCUACUACUACAACAGAAGGGUCGACAACAACUACUGUUUCACCUUCGACAACUCCUGAGGCAUCUACCACUACAACAGAAGGGUCGACAACUACCACUGUUUCUUCCACACUAACGCCUGAGGCGUCCACUACUACAUCAGAAGGGUCGACGACAACUACUCUUUCACCUUCUACAACACCUGAGGAAUCUACUACUACAACAGAAGGGUCGACAACAACUACUGUUUCACCUUCGACAACACCUGAGGAAUCUACUACUACAACAGGAGGGUCGACAACUACCACUGUUUCUUCCACACUAACGCCUGAGGAGUCCACUACUACAUCAGAAGGGUCGACGACAACUACUCUUUCACCUUCUACAACACCUGAGGAAUCUACUACUACAACAGAAGGGUCGACAACAACUACUGUUUCACCUUCGACAACACCUGAGGAAUCUACUACUACAACAGGAGGGUCGACAACUACCACUGUUUCUUCCACACUAACGCCUGAGGAGUCCACUACUACAUCAGAAGGGUCGACGACAACUACUCUUUCACCUUCUACAACACCUGAGGAAUCUACUACUACAACAGAAGGGUCGACAACAACUACUGUUUCACCUUCGACAACACCUGAGGAAUCUACUACUACAACAGGAGGGUCGACAACUACCACUGUUUCUUCCACACUAACGCCUGAGGAGUCCACUACUACAUCAGAAGGGUCGACGACAACUACUCUUUCACCUUCUACAACACCUGAGGAAUCUACUACUACAACAGAAGGGUCGACAACAACUACUGUUUCACCUUCGACAACACCUGAGGAAUCUACUACUACAACAGGAGGGUCGACAACUACCACUGUUUCUUCCACACUAACGCCUGAGGAGUCCACUACUACAUCAGAAGGGUCGACGACAACUACUCUUUCACCUUCUACAACACCUGAGGAAUCUACUACUACAACAGAAGGGUCGACAACAACUACUGCUUCACCUUCGACAACUCCUGAGGAAUCUACCACUACAACAGAAGGGUCGACAACUACCACUGUUUCUUCCACGCUAACGCCUGAGGCGUCCACUACUACAUCAGAAGGGUCGACGACAACUACUCUUUCACCUUCUACAACACCUGAGGAAUCUACUACUACAACAGAAGGGUCGACGACAACUACUGUUUCACCUUCGACAACACCUGAGGCACCGACCACUACAACAGAAGGGUCGACAACAACUACAGGUUCACCUUCGAUUGCACCUGAGGAGACUACUACCACAACAGAGGAAUCGACAACAACUACUGUUUCACCUUCAGCAACACCUGAGGAAUCUGCUACUACAUCAGAAGUGUCGACAACAACUACUGUUUCCUCCACGUUAACGCCUGAAGAGCCCACUAAUACAACAGAAGCGUCGACAACAACUACUGUUUCACCUUCGACAACACCUGAGGCAUCUACCACUUCAACAGAAAGGUCGACAACAACUACUGUUUCCUCCACGUUAACGUCUGAAGAGCCCAGUACUACGACAGAAGCGUCGACAACAAAUACUGUUUCACCUUCGACAACACCUGAAGAACCGACCACUACAACAGAAGGGUCGACAACAACUACAGUUUCACCUUCGACUACACCUGAGGCAUCUACUACUACAGCAGAAGGGUCGACAACAACUACUGCUUCACCUUCGACAAAUCCUGAGGCAUCUACCACUACAACAGAAGGGUCGACAACUACCUCUGUUUCUUUCACGCUAACGCCUGAGGCUGCCACUACUACAUCAGAAGGAUCGACGACAACUACUCUUUCACCUUCUACAACACCUGAGGAAUCUACUACUACAACAGAAGGGUCGACAACAAUUACUGUUUCCUCCACCUUAACGCCUGAAGAGCCCACUACUACAACAGAAGCGUCUACAACAACUACUGUUUCACCUUCCACAACACAUGAGGAAUCUACUACUACAACAGAAUGGUUGACAACAACUUCUGUUUCAACUUCGACAAUUCCUGAGGCAUCUUCCACUACAACAGAAGGGUCGACGACAACUACUAUUUCACCUUCGACAACACCUGAGGAACCGACCCCUACAACAGAAGGGUUGACAACAACUACAGUUUCACCUUCGACUACACCUGAGGCGAAUACUACCUCAACAGAGGAGUCGACAACAACUACUGUUACACCUUCCACAACACCUGAGGAAUCUACUACCACAUCAGAAGUGUCGACAACAACUACUGUUUUAAUUUCUACAACACCUGAGGAAUCUACUACUACAACAGAAGGUUCGACAACUAUUACUGUAUCACCUUCGACAACACCUGAGGAUUCUACUACUACAGCAGAAGGGUCGACAACAACUACUGUUUCACCUUUGACAACUUCUGAGUCAUCUACCACUACAACAGAAGGGUCGACAACUACCACUGAUUCUUCCACGCUAACGCCUGAAUCUACUACUACAACAGAAGGGUCGACAACAACUACUGUUUCACCUUCCACAACACCUGAGGAAUCUACUACUACAACAGAGGGGUCGACGACAACUACUGUUUCACCUUCGACAACACCUGAGGCACCGACCACUACAACAGAAGGGUCGACAACAACUACAGUAUCACCUUCUACUACACCUGAGGAGGCUACUACCACAGCAGAGGGGUCGACAACAACUAUUGUUUCACCUUCAACAACUCCUGAGGCUUCUACCACUACAACAGAAGGGUCAACAACUACCACUGUUUCUUCCACGCUAACGUCUGAGGCGGCCACUACUACAUCAGAAGGGUCGACAACAACAACUCUUUUACCUUCUACAACACCUGAGGAAUCUACUACUACUACAACAGAAGGGUCGACAACAACUACUGUUUCACCUUCGACAAUUCCUGAGGCAUCUUCCACUACAACAGAAAGGUCGACGACAACUACUAUUUCACCUUCGACAACACCUGAGGAACCGACCUCUACAACAGAAGGGUUGACAACAACUACAGUUUCACCUUCGACUACACCUGAGGCGAAUACUACCUCAACAGAGGAGUCGACAACAACUACUGUUACACCUUCCACAACACCUGAGGCAUCUACUACCACAACAGAGGGGUCGACAACAACUACUGUUUCACCUUCAACAACACCUGAGGAAUCUACUACUACAUCAGAAGUGUCGACAACAACUACUGUUUCCUCCACGUUAGCACCUGAAGAGCCCACUACUACAACAGAAGCGUCGACAACAACUACUGUUUUACCUUCUACAACACCUGAGGAAACUACUACUACAACAGAAGGGUCGACAACUAUUACUGUAUCACCUUCGACAACACCUGAGGCAUCUACUACUACAGCAGAAGGGUCGACAACAACUACUGUUUCACCUUCGACAACUUCUGAGUCAUCUACCACUACAACAGAAGGGUCGACAACUACCAUUGAUUCUUCCACGCUAACGCCUGUGGAGUCCACUACUACAACAGAAGGGUCGACGACAACUACUCUUUCACCUUCUACAACACCUGAGGAAUCUACUACUACAACAGAAGGGUCGACAACAACUACUGCUUCACCUUCGACAACUCCUGAGGUAUCUACCACUACAACAGAAAUGUCGACAACAACUACUGUUUCCUCCACGUUAACGCCUGAAGAGCCCACUACUACAGAAGGGUCGACAACAACUACUGUUUCACCUUCGACAGCUCCUGAGGGAUCUACCACUACAACAGAAGGGUCGACAACUACCACUGUUUCUUCCACGCUAACGCCUGAAGAACCCACUACAACAGAAGGGUCGACGACAACUACUGUUUCAACUUCUACAACAUCUGAGGAAUCAACUACUACAACAGAAGGGUCGACAACAACUACUGCUUCACCUUCGACAACUCCUGAGGUAUCUACCACUACAACAGAAAGGUCGACAACAACUACUGUUUCCUCCACGUUAACGCCUGAAGAGCCCACUGCUACAACAGAAGCGUCUACAACAACUACUGUUGCACCUUCGACAACUCCUGAAGUAUCUACCACUACAACAGAAGGGCCAUCAACUACCACUGUUUCUUCAACGUUAUCGCCUGAACAACCCACUACAACAGAAGGGUCGACAACAACCACUGUUUCUUCCACGCUAACGCCUGAAGAAACCACUACUACCAGAGAAGCGUCUACAACAACUACUCUUCCACCUUCUACAACACCUGAGGAAUCUACCACUACAACAGAAGGGUCGACAACAACUACUCUUUCACCUUCUACAACACCUGAGGAAUCUACCACUACAACAGAAGGGUCGACAACAACUACUCUUUCACCUUCUACAACACCUGAGGAAUCUACCACUACAACAGAAGGGUCGACAACAACUACUCUUUCACCUUCUACAACACCUGAGGAAUCUACCACUACAACAGAAGGGUCGACAACAACUACUCUUUCACCUUCUACAACACCUGAGGAAUCUACUACUACAACAGAAGGGUCGACAACAACUACUCUUUCACCUUCUACAACACCUGAGGAAUCUACUACUACAACAGAAGGGUCGACAACAACUACUCUUUCACCUUCUACAACACCUGAGGAAUCUACUACUACAACAGAAGGGUCGACAACAACUACUCUUUCACCUUCUACAACACCUGAGGAAUCUACUACUACAACAGAAGGGUCGACAACAACUACUGCUUCACCUUCGACAACUCCUGAGGCAUCUACCACUACAACAGAAGGGUCGACAACUACCACUGUUUCUUCCACGCUGACGCCUGAAGAACCCACUACAACAGAAGGGUCGAUAACAACUACUGUUUCCUCCACGUUAACGCCUGAAGAGCCCAGUACUACAACAGGAGCGUCUACAACAACUACUGAUUCCCCUUCGACAACAACUGAGGAAUCUACUACUACAACAGAAGGGUCGACAACUACCACUGUUUCUUCCACGCUAACGCCUGAGGCGUCAACUACUACAUCAGAAGGGUCGACGACAACUACCUUCUCACCUUCUACAACACCUGAGGAAUCUACACCUACAACAGAAGGGUCGACAACAACUGCUGUUACACCUUCCACAACACCUGAGGAAUCUACUAUUACAGCAGAAGGGUCGACAAUAACUACUGUUUCACCUUCCACAACACCUGAGGAAUCUACUACUACAGCAGAAGGGACGACAACAACUACUAAGGAUCGACAUGUUUCACCUUCGACAAUUCCAGAGGAAUCUACCACUACAACAGCAGGGUCGAUAACAACCACUGUUUCUUCCUUGCUAACGCCUGAGGGGUACACUACUACAACAGAAGGGUCGACGACAACUACCGUUUUACCUUCGACAACACCUCAGGCACCGACCACUACAACAGAAGGGUCGACAACAACUACAGUUUCACCUUCGACUACACCUGAGGACAUUACUACCACAACAACCACUGUUUCACCUUCAACAACACCUGGGGAAUCUAGUACUACAACAGAAGUGUCGACAACAGCUACUGUUUCCUCCACGUUAACGCCUGAAGAGCCCACUACUACAACAGGAGCGUCUACAAUAACUACUGAUUCACCUUCGACAACACCUGAGGCAUCUACUACUACAACAGAAGGGUCGAGAACAACUACUGUUUCACCUUCGACAAUUCCUGAGGAAUCUACCACUACAACAGAAGGGUCGACAACAACUACUGCUUCACCUUCGACAACUCCUGAGGCAUCUACUACUACAACAGAAGGGUCGACAACAACUACUGUUUCACCUUCGACAAUUCCUGAGGAAUCUACCACUACAACAGAAGGGUCGACAACCACCUCUGUUUCUUCCACGCUAACGCCUGAGGCGUCCACUACUACAACAGAAGGGUCGACGACAACUACUGUUUCGCCUUCGACAGCACCUGAGGAAUCUACUACUACAACAGAAGGGUCGACAACAACUACUGUUUCUUCCACGCUAACGCCUGAAGAACCCACUAUAACAGAAGGGUCGACGACAACUACUGUUUCAACUUCUACAACAACUGAGGAAUCUACUACUACAACAGAAGCGUCGACAACAACUACUGCUUCACCUUCGACAACUCCUGAGGUAUCUACCACUACAACAGAAAGGUCGACAACAACUGCUGUUUCCUCCACGUUAACGCCUGAAGAGCCCACUACUACGACAGAAGCGUCUACAACAACUACUGUUUCACCUUCCACAACACCUGAGGAAUCUACUACUACAACAGAAGGGUCGACAACAACUACUGUUUCACCUUCGACAAUUCCUGAGGAAUCUAUCACUACAACAGAAAGGUUGACAACCACCACUGUUUCUUCCACGCUAACGCCUGAGGAGUCCACUGCUACAACAGAAGGGUCGACGACAACUACUGUUUCACCUUCGACAACACCUGAAGAACCGACCACUACAACAGAAGGGUCGACAACAACUACAGUUUCACCUUCGACUACACCUGAGGCGACUACUACCACAACAGAGGGGUCGACAACAACUACUGUUUCACCUUCAACAACACCUGAGGAAUCUACUACUACAAUAGACGGGUCGACAACUACCACUGUUUCUUCCACGCUAACGCCUGAAGAACCCACUACAACAGAAGGGUCGACAACAACUACUGUUUCACCUUCUACAACACCUGAGGAAUCUACUACUACAACAGAAGUGACGACAACAACUACUGUUUCCUCCACGUUAACGUCUGAAGAGACCACUACUACAACAGAAGCGUCUACAACAACUACUGUUUCACCUUCGACAACACCUGAGGAAUCUACUACUACAACAGAAGGGUCGACAACAACUACUGUUUCAUCUUCCACAACACCUGAAGAAUCUACUACUACAACAGAAGGGUCGACAACAACUAAUGUUUCACCUUCGACAACUCCCGAGGAAUCUACCACUACAACAGAAGAGUUGACAACCACCAGUGUUUCUUCCACGCUAACGCCUGAGGAGCCCACUACUACAACAGAAGGGUCGACAACAACUACUGCUUCACCUUCGACUACAUCUGAUGAACGUACGACUACAACAGAAUGGUCGACAACUGCUACUGUUUCCUCCACGCUAACUGCUGAGGAGUCUACUACUACUGCAACCAAAGAAGUUACUCCAACCGUCACUGAAACAUCUACAUUUAUGACUGGUACCCCUAACUUUGUCUGUAAUUCUCCAGGAAAGUACCCUGAUGCAGAAAACUGUAGUAGAUUUCAUUUGUGUAUAAAUGCUGUAUUUGAAGUAAUCGAUGUUCAGAUGGAAUGUCCAAUAGGAACUUUGUAUGAUUCUUACAAUGAAAUAUGUACCACUUAUCCUGUGCAAUGCCCCGGAGACGCUCAGUUGUCUUGUGCAAGUGAAGGGAAAUUUGCUCACCCUGAAGAUUGUAACAGAUAUUUCACCUGUAACUGGAACUAUGUUUAUAAUAAAUAUCAAUUGCGACAGUACAGAUGUCCCAUAAACAGUGCUUAUGAUGUAAGCGCAGAACAAUGCGUCGAAUCUGCAUCAUGUAAUUCGACUGCCCCCGCGCACGAGUGCACGAAGGAGGGUCACUUCCCGACAGAAUAUAACUGCAAAGACUAUUACGAAUGCAAGUACAACGUGGAUGGCGAUCUAGUUAAAAGAACAAAAAUAUGUGGAUCGUUUAAAUUAUUUGAUAGAGAAUUAAGAAAAUGUCGUCCGCGUUGUUUUGUCGACAACUGUCCUUACAGCGGUGAGGAUGUUACUACUAUAAAGCCAACUGGAGUAACAUUCAUUUAUGGUUUUCCCAAAAAUAAAAUCACUACUAAUAUAAUCAGAGUAGCUCCAAGUUCACCUGAAAUUAUGCCCGACAAGAUGACCAGAAGACAAUUUGAUAAGUCCGAAGAUGUAAUCGUGUACCAUGAAAACCGUGACGACGGUAUUUUAAAGUGUUUAUGUUGGGCCGAACUUUUCAUUAUAACAGAAAAUAAUAAAAACAAAAAAAGAAACUUGUCAAACGAAUUUGCAAUAAUCCUUGAAUCUCCUGGAGAUAUAGCUGAGGAAACCUUUUCAGAAGAAGCGGAAGCUUUUACUUUAUUUGACAGUGAAACAAACAAGAGCAGGACUUUAAAUUUUACUCUUGUAAACAAGACAGAAGCGUUUACUAUCAAACAACAUAAAACGUUGCACUGUGGAGCGGGACCUAUUUUAAUCAAGACUUACAUCGAGUGGCCGAAAAGAAAUAAACAAAAAAUUGAAAUAAGAUUAACACCUACGACUCCCUCAAAAUGGCAUAUAUCCUCGGAUAAUACCUCGAUAAAUUACGAUGUAAAUAAAUUUACACCAUCCCCGAGUUCCCAAACUUUUGAUACCACUAGCACCGAAAGUUACGCUUACACAAAUUUGGAAGAUAUAACUCUAAGUAUACUUGAAACAGAUGGAGUUGCAGCAAAAGUCAGUAAAAAAUCUAUUGGACAAAAUAAAGAUUUAGGCGACUUAAAGGUAGGCUCUAAACCUAGAUAUCACGAAAUUGAUGAUGAUGAUGAGGCGUUUGAAAGCACUAGAAAGAAGAAAAUUUGGUACCAGCCAGCUACAGUAAAAACAACUACAACAAUAACAACAGUGUACAAAAGCUGCGAAGUCGACUUUAGCAACCACACGUAUAGUUGUACUUCCAAUGGAAAAUUCAGUGAUCCACUUGACGCAACUUCCACCAAAUAUUAUACAUGUGUUCAGUAUUCUUCUUCAUAUAUAGUCAUAAGUCUAUCUUGUUCCGAAGGAACCUAUUUCGAUCCGAAUAUUCAGGAAUGUACCAGUGAUUAUCCUAUUGCAGAGUGUGAAGUAACGGCCCAAAAUGUUUCAUGUACAGCUGAGGGACAGUUCGCAGAUCUGAAUGACAACACCUGUUCCAAAUAUUAUGUGUGUACGGGAUAUGGUGAUUCGUAUAUAAAAACCGAACUUUCGUGCUCACAAGGAUCGUACUUUGACAGACAAAAUAAUGUAUGUGAUACGAAUUAUACAUGUCCCUGUCAAGCAACAGGCACUUCAUCGGCUACUGACGUUCCCACCUCAAAUAUUACAAGCCCAUCUAGCGACUCAAGUUCAUUGGUUGCAACUACAGCUGAAGCUGCAAGUUCUACUGAAACAGGUCUAUCAAAUGAAGCCACUACUGCAUCCAGUAGUCUUUCAACUACCUUACAAGGCAAUACCGAUGCAUGUAUCAUCAGUUAUGAUCCAGAGUAUUUUAUCUGCAGCACAAAAGGUAGAUUCCCUAAUUUAAAUGAUCCCACUUGUCAAACUUACUUCCUCUGCAAUUUGCUUAGAAACGGAUCAUAUUUGCAAACAAGCUACGGCUGCCCAGAAUUAUCCUAUUUUAACCCUCAGCUUCAGGUAUGUGACGUUAGUUAUACGUGUCCUUGUCAAGGAAUAACUUUAACAUCCUCCAUUGGAACUACAAGUCCAUCUGACGACAUAAAUGGUUCUACAGAAACUACAACUGAAUCUACAACUUCUGCUGAUAUCACAAGUCCAACUCACUCAAGUACAUUACCAACAGAUACUACAACAUCUACCACAGAAGACACCACCGAGCCGUGUAUUAUCAAUUACGAUCCAAAUUAUUUUGUUUGCAGUGCGAAAGGAAGGUAUUCAAACUUAAAUGAUCCCACUUGUCAAACUUACUUCCUCUGCAACCUGCUUAGAAAUGGGUCUUAUUUACAAACAAGUUACAGUUGUCCAGAAUCAUCCUAUUUUAACCCUCAGCUUCAAGUAUGUGACGUUAGUUAUAAGUGUCCUUGUCAAGGAAUAACUAUAACAUCCUCCAUUGGAACUACAAGUCCAUCUGACGACACAAGUGGUUCUACAGAAACUAUAACUGAAUCUACAACUUCUGCUGAUAUCACAAGUCCAACUCACUCAAGUACAUUACCAACAGAUACUACAACAUCUACCACAGAAGACACCACCGAGCCGUGUAUUAUCAAUUACGAUCCAAAUUAUUUUGUUUGCAGUGCGAAAGGAAGGUAUUCAAACUUAAAUGAUCCCACUUGUCAAACUUACUUCCUCUGCAACCUGCUUAGAAAUGGGUCUUAUUUACAAACAAGUUACAGUUGUCCAGAAUCAUCCUAUUUUAACCCUCAGCUUCAAGUAUGUGACGUUAGUUAUAAGUGUCCUUGUCAAGGAAUAACUAUAACAUCCUCCAUUGGAACUACAAGUCCAUCUGACGACACAAGUGGUUCUACAGAAACUAUAACUGAAUCUACAACUUCUGCUGAUAUCACAAGUCCAACUCACUCAAGUACAUUACCAACAGAUACUACAACAUCUACCACAGAAGACACCACCGAGCCGUGUAUUAUCAAUUACGAUCCAAAUUAUUUUGUUUGCAGUGCGAAAGGAAGGUAUUCAAACUUAAAUGAUCCCACUUGUCAAACUUACUUCCUCUGCAACCUGCUUAGAAAUGGGUCUUAUUUACAAACAAGUUACAGUUGUCCAGAAUCAUCCUAUUUUAACCCUCAGCUUCAAGUAUGUGACGUUAGUUAUAAGUGUCCUUGUCAAGGAAUAACUAUAACAUCCUCCAUUGGAACUACAAGUCCAUCUGACGACACAAGUGGUUCUACAGAAACUAUAACUGAAUCUACAACUUCUGCUGAUAUCACAAGUCCAACUCACUCAAGUACAUUACCAACAGAUACUACAACAUCUACCACAGAAGACACCACCGAGCCGUGUAUUAUCAAUUACGAUCCAAAUUAUUUUGUUUGCAGUGCGAAAGGAAGGUAUUCAAACUUAAAUGAUCCCACUUGUCAAACUUACUUCCUCUGCAACCUGCUUAGAAAUGGGUCUUAUUUACAAACAAGUUACAGUUGUCCAGAAUCAUCCUAUUUUAACCCUCAGCUUCAAGUAUGUGACGUUAGUUAUAAGUGUCCUUGUCAAGGAAUAACUAUAACAUCCUCCAUUGGAACUACAAGUCCAUCUGACGACACAAGUGGUUCUACAGAAACUAUAACUGAAUCUACAACUUCUGCUGAUAUCACAAGUCCAACUCACUCAAGUACAUUACCAACAGAUACUACAACAUCUACCACAGAAGACACCACCGAGCCGUGUAUUAUCAAUUACGAUCCAAAUUAUUUUGUUUGCAGUGCGAAAGGAAGGUAUUCAAACUUAAAUGAUCCCACUUGUCAAACUUACUUCCUCUGCAACCUGCUUAGAAAUGGGUCUUAUUUACAAACAAGUUACAGUUGUCCAGAAUCAUCCUAUUUUAACCCUCAGCUUCAAGUAUGUGACGUUAGUUAUAAGUGUCCUUGUCAAGGAAUAACUAUAACAUCCUCCAUUGGACCUACAACUCCAUCUGACGACACAAGUGGUUCUACAGAAACUAUAACUGAAUCUACAACUUCUGCUGAUAUCACAAGUUCAACUCACUCAAGUACAUUACCAACAGAUACUACAACAUCUACCACAGAAGACACCACCGAGCCGUGUAUUAUCAAUUACGAUCCAAAUUAUUUUGUUUGCAGUGCGAAAGGAAGGUAUUCAAACUUAAAUGAUCCUACUUGUCAAACUUACUUCCUCUGCAACUUGCUUAGAAAUGGGUCUUAUUUACAAACAAGUUACAGUUGUCCAGAAUCAUCCUAUUUUAACCCUCAGCUUCAAGUAUGUGACGUUAGCUAUACGUGCCCUUGUCAAGGAGCAGUUACUACAACGACAACAGAAUCUACAACUGAGACCAUAGAUGACUCUUCCGCAAGUAACUCUAUAGAAACUACAACCGAUUUAUCUGAUUUCUCGUCCACAACUUCACCAACAGUUGUUACGACACCAACCACCACAGAAAGUACCAUCGAGCCUUGUGUUUUAAAUGAUGAUCCAAAUUAUUUUACUUGCAGCACAAAAGGCAGGUUUCCAAAUUUAAAUGAUUCUACAUGCCAGACUUACUUCCUAUGCAACCAACUUAGAAAUGGGUCCUAUUUACAGACGAGCUACAACUGCCCAGAAUCUUCAUAUUUCAAUCCUACACUUCAAGUCUGCGAUAUAAGCUACGCUUGUCCUUGUACCUAACUGUGAGUGAACGAGUCCUUCCAACAUAAUAUUCAUUUCUAAAAUUUACCGUUUUUUCCAAGAUUGUUAGACAAAUCUAUAAAUAUAAAAGUGUUGAAAUAACCCCUGGUGAUAAUUUUGCGACCAAGACAAACGAUCUCUGGCGUUAUAACAUAGUUCUGAUCAUUUCUCAUCUUAUACAUUAAAAAAUAAGCAAUUCUCACUUGAAACGAAAUAUAUUGUCUUGAUAGUGGCAGUAAGUAAACUGUAGCUGCUGCAUCGUUAAAUAGAUCUAAGGAAUGUCUGGAAUCAAUGGUUUUAUUCUUCUCUCCGAAUUAUUUUUAAAAUGCUGAUUGUAUAUCUAUGUUGAUUGUAUAUCUAUGAACAAAUUUAAAAAAAUUUCUGUAUGUAGUUUAUUAGUACUAAAAAUGGUAAAGUGAAGCUUCUACUUAGAGUAUACUAUACCUACUUAUUGAUAUUUUUAUGUUAGUAAUUUAGUUAAAUCAUUUUGUUUUAUAUUUAUUGGGUUAUAAUCUUCAA